CAAUACUCAAAAUAAUGAUCUACCACUAUUAUGUGGGAUGCAUUGUGUCACUAACUCAGUCAUUCAUGUCGAAUAUUCUUGUUUUUCCAGAAUCUUAACCUCGAAAUAAAACUCAAGUCCAUCCACUAUUUCUACGAGUAAUUCACAAUUAUUCUUUAACCGGUCAAAAAUUAUCAGCAAAGACAUUAACAAUUCACGCAAAUUCAUUUACCGUACUCAUAUCACAAUGUCCGAUUCUCAUUCCAGGGUUUCAGUGGAAACUUAUGGGAAUGGCUCAAUUGAUCCUUUUUGCACGGAGGUCAUCGUGGUUCGUCAUGGAGAAACUGAUUGGAAUGCUAUUGGCAAAAUGCAGGGGCAAUUGGAUGUUGAGUUAAAUGAGAUUGGGAGACAGCAAGCAGUUGCGGUUGCUGACCGACUAUCAAAGGAGCCUAAUAUAUCUGCUGUAUAUUCAUCUGAUCUGAAGAGGGCUCUUGAGACUGCAGAGACAAUAGCAUCAAGAUGUGGUGGACUUGAGGUUAUAACAGACAAAGACCUGCGUGAAAGGCAUUUGGGAGAUCUGCAAGGACUUGUUUAUCAAGCAGUAGCAAAGCUUAACCCUAAAGCUAAUGAAGCAUUUAAGUCUCACAGAACAGAUCAAGAAAUCCCGGGUGGAGGUGAAAGUCGUGACCAGCUGUAUAAACGGUGUACGUCUUCGUUACAGAGAAUUGGUGAAAACCAUAGAGGGCAACGAGUUGUCGUAGUCAGCCAUGGGGGCGCCAUAAGAUCACUAUUUAACCGGGCUGCAGCCAAAGGACAACACCCAGGGAAAAUAUCUAAUACAUCGGUUGGUGUAAUUCAGCUAUAUGACGGGGACAAGUGGUCCAUCAAAUCAUGGAACGAUGUUAGUCAUCUCAAACAAACCGAAUUUCUAGAGUCAGGUUUUGGUGGGGAUGCUUCUUCAGGCUAGCUCAUUCGUGUUUUGAUUUAGACUAGUGAUUCUGUGCAAGAAACGUUGACCACAUGAUUUUAGUUACCUUGAUCAUGUGAGUUACCAACUUACCUAGUAUUGUAAUUGGAAACUCGUCAAUUAGACCUGAUGAACAGAAAUUCUGCUAUGUAGUACCCAUUGUGUGUGCUCCGAGUCGAAGACCAUGUACUAUAGAUUGAUGUAAAGACCCUGAUAACUGAUUCCUUUACUCGUAAUAAAAUAUGGAGUACGAGUAUAUUGAUGAUA